AUGGCAGCACGAAGACAUUCGAACAUUGAUUUAUGGAUCAACACUGACAUGUCUCGACCUGAUCAGGAUGUUCACACCGUUUCAAUCGACACUAUUUUCCGACGUUUUCAUUCCAAUCAGCGUUACGGAUUAUCGGCUGCCUUUGUGAAUGAUGCUCAACUGCAUUAUGGUACCAAUCAAAUUACUCCACCACAAUCACAAAAUUACUUUUGCCUAUUAUUUCAACAACUGUUCAUGGGUUUCAACUCCAUUCUCUGGUUUGGUGGCAUUCUUGCUUUCAUUGCCUAUCAACCACUCGGUGGAUCCAAUCCAUCGAUUACAAAUCUAGGACUUGGCAUUGUACUUUUCCUAGUCAUCAUCUGCAAUGCGUCUCUCAAUGUUUAUCAAAAACUCAAAUCAAUCAAGGUCAUUGCAUCCUUUUCAAAACUUCUACCAACUGCUGCUACUGUUCGCCGAGAUGGUGUGGAACAACAGAUUCCUGUCAACGAACUCGUUCCAGGUGACAUCAUUCUCAUACACAUGGGUGACGUGCUGCAAGCUGACUGUCGCUUUCUCACUUGUGAAGGACUCAAGAUCAAUUCAGCAGAACUCACCGGCGAAACGAAACCAAUCUCAGUCACAGUGCACUGCACUAGUCAAACUCUGAUGGAAUCAACUAACAUCGGCUUUUAUUCAUCGUUUGUAGAACAAGGAAUGGGGGAAGCUAUCGUGGUUGCAACUGGUGACAAUACUGUACUAGGCAAGAUGUCAAAAACAACAACGCAAGAUAGUUCAAGUGAUGAAACUACUAAUCUUCAUCGUGAGGUGAAUCGAUUUGUAGUGUUUGUUCUUGUGGCUGACAUCUUGAGUAUCAUCGUUCUGUGGAUCACUUGGUCAGGCUGGCUAAACUAUUAUCAUCCAAUUUUUAUCACUUUUACUGGAAAUAUUCUGAAUUCCAUUGGGAUGAUUGUUAGUUUCUUACCAGUCGGUUUGCCAUCAGCUAUCACUCUUGUAUUGGCAAUAGUGGCUAAACGAAUGACUGAGCAACGCAUAUUAGGCAAAAGUUUACAGAUCGUCGAAAGUUUUAAUUCUGUCUCAGUAAUCACUACUGAUAAAACAGGUACAUUGACAAGAAACAAAUUGGUGGUCAGCGAGAUUUUUUGGGACACCAGCUGCGAAUACAUAAUCAUAGGAAAUGAAGAAGGAAAGUCAGCCACCAAUGUGAGAAAAUCACACACGCUCCGUCGACUAUCUGUUGGAUCCCUUCCUGAGCAUCCUCAUCCUACAGCCAAGGUAUCUCCAGCCGUUCAAAGAUCACCAGUUGUCGUCGAGAGCGUGGAAGAUCCAACACGAGUGGAAGUGUUUGAUGAUCUGCUUCUUGGUGCUGCGUUGUGCAACAACGCAAAAAUACGAAUCGUCAAAGACGCGCCGCAUAAACAAAGCAUUACAAAAAUCAAUGCAGAAAUGCAUGUCGUCGGCGAUUCGGUCGACAUCGCUCUCUACAAUCUCUGCGUCUACGAAUAUCAAAUGCAGAUUGAUGAAAUACGCUGUCUCAAUCCACGCCACCGAACUCUACCGUUCAACUCAGCAAACAAGUUCAUGAUCACUGCCAAUCGUCUCGAAGCACACAAAAACAUCAUUCUCUUAACAAUGAAAGGAGCACCAGAAAUCAUCCUUCAUCGCUGCGUAUCGUACAAGACCAACGACGGACAAAUGUUACCACUCACCCCUGAAAUCAAAGACAAGUUCCUCCAUCGACAAGAAAUGUUAAGUAGAAAUGGUUAUCGUGUUAUUGCCAUGAGUCAACAGAAGAUGACACAGAUGCGAUAUGACCAACUCAUGCAGCAAUAUGAAGAGAGACAACGGUCUGGGGUUGUGUUCAACCAAGAUCUGAAUGGAUUUCCAGCAGAUAGCUAUUGUUUUAUUGGUUUCUUUUCAUUGUUUGAUUCACCUCGAUUCGAUGUGCCAGACUCGAUACUCAAGAUUCGUCAAGCACACAUUCGCAUAGCUAUAAUCACUGGUGAUCAUCCAGGUACAGCAACAGCUAUUGCUCGACAGGUGAACAUCUUCUCAGAAGACAUCUCGAAGAGAAAUGGCAUCGAUACAUUCCAAAUCGAAGAGAACGACAACAAUCAUUCGGUGUUCCGAUUGUAUCGCAAUGAAGCCUUAUUGAAAGAGCACAUGAUUGGUGUUAUCACACCAUUUCGUUUCGGAAGCAAGGCAACAAAAGCGAUCGAGAAACACAGUCGGAAAAACGACUUUAUGAAAGAAGAAUCGUUGUAUAAACAGUGGUUUUCGUCAUGCAAAGCACAAUUCACUGAGCCGACACCAAUCUUUUACAAGCAGAAAGAGAAAGAGAAGAUGCCAUAUGCAGUCGUGGUAACUGGCUCACAAAUCACUUAUAUGGAUGAUUUCAUGUGGAACUGGGUGUUGUCCCAUCAAGAACUGAUCUUUGCUCGAACGUCACCGGAACAAAAGCUGCGCAUCAUUAUGGAGUUCCAACGACGAGGAGAAAUCGUAGCAGCGAUUGGCGAUGGAACGAACGAUGCGCCAUCACUCAAAUAUGCUGAUCUUGGUAUUGCCAUGCAAACGGGCACAAGUGUGUCGAAAGAAGCCAGUGACAUGAUUCUGCUCGACAAUCACUUUUCAUCGAUCAUCUCAGCUAUCGAGACAGGCCGACUUCUUGCUGAUAACUUGAAGAAAGUAGUCAUUUACUUGUUACCUGCAGGUUCUUGGUCAGAGUUUUGGCCAAUCAUGUUCAACAUGUGGUUUGGUGUUCCUCUAUCACUCUCGGCAUUCUUAGCAACAAUUCUUUGUGUACUCAAUGAUGUGAGUAUAUCAUUGGCCAUGGCUUCUGAGAAGCCAGAAACUGAGAUUUUGACACGACCACCAUCGAACCGAAAGAAGGAUCACUUGCUGAAUAUGAAGCUACUUUUUCAUGCUUAUAUGCUCAUUGGUAAUCUGGAGUGUUUCACGGCAUUCUUCUGUUUUUGUUACUAUUGGGUUGACAACGGUAUAUCGUUCUAUUCGCUUAUGUUUUCCUACGAGAAUUUCGGUGUCAGUAAUCCAGCAGGCUACAAUUCACGUCAGCUGGAUCAGAUGAUCAAUAUUUCUCAAUCAGUCUAUUAUUGUUCACUGUGCAUAUUCCAAAUCUUUAACUUCUUUGCCACACGAACAAGAUAUGCAUCCAUUUUCCAGCACAAUCCAUUUUGGGGUCAAAAUCGAAACUGGUUUGGAUUAGUUGCCAUCCUAGUAUCAGUUAGUUUUGUUUUACUUCUGACUCAAGCGACCUGGUUCAAUGAUAUAUUUGGUACAGCACCUGUACCUGCAAAGUAUGUGACCCCUACUAUCGGUUUUGGAAUAGUUUGGCUGGUGAUUGAUGAAGUUCGAAAGCUUUGUGUUCGUCGAUAUCCUGGAAGUAUCAUUGCGAGAAUGGCAUGGUAA